CAAACGUCGAACUUUUGAUGUGUCGAACCUUAUCUUUGUUUCACUUCAUUUGCAUUAGGUUCGGCACAUGAAAAGUUCGACGUUUGACCGUAGCCUGAGUAAGUUUUUUAAACACUGUGCAUGGGUGCAUUAUUUUUCUCAAGUUCUUCAGUAAAAAUACACAUGCAGGAAUAAUUUGCAGUGUCUCACUGAUUUUGUUACUUUUGAAUGGAAAAUCUAUACUUUUGCAUAUAUGGGUCACAAUAUUUCUUGUAUUAAGAAAUAGCUCUGUACAGAAUUUAAGUACAUGGGAAAUGCUAUUCCGGAUGUACGUGUUAUUGUUUUGAGUGCAAAUAUUGAUGCUGAUAUGCUCGUGCUACAGGUUGGCAAAUUAGAUUAAUUAUAUUUUCUGAAUUGACGAACGAUUUUUCAUAAAAUUAUACUUUUUCACUGUCAUUGCAUGAUCUGGGUUUUUUUAUGUUAAGAAUCUUGGCUUAUUAUAAUAUGUUACUGGUGUUUAUAAUUAUAUAAUAUACAAUUUACAAAUCAUACGACUAAUUUGGCUUAUUUAAAAAUAUAGAGUAAUCUGUCUUAAUUUGGCACUACAAAGCCAAAAGAGAUUGAACCAUACAAUUCAGAGCAUAAAACUGUAGCAAUGGGUACAGUACUUGAAGGCCGGCGAUACUUCAAAGCUGAAUGUUGAAUGCUAGUCUAUUGCUUUAUUACAGGUGAUGUAGAGUAUUCGUUUUAAUUUAACAAUUUGAUAGACAGAGUAAUCAUAUUCAUAACACAUAAAGCCAAUUAAGAAAAGAGCUUUGACUUGAAGUUAUAAAUUAUACAUUGAAAUUAUACAUUUUGCAUGAAACCAGCUGUUUGGUGAUGUUUUCACACCUUGGUAAACAGUGCCUAUAUUUGGUAUAAUUUUACAAAAUAAAAUCAUUUCACCUCCUCCAUAUAUCAUCUUCGUUAUUAAAUAAAAUAAAAAAGACUGGAAUUUAUCAAUUCGGCAAAUAUUAAUUAUAAAAAAGUCGAUGUUUUUGGAUUGAAUAUAGUUAAUUUCAAAAUUAAAAGUGCAUCUGCUUGGCGUAUAUUGCCAGUCGAGUCCAAGAUCCUGCAACGAAAACAGCAAGUUCGGAAAAAAUAAUUGGACAUUUUGGUAAGUUUUGUGACUAUAUACUUUUAUGUUUUAUUAUAACCGAAAAAUGUGACAUUGCUUAUCAAAACUAAUUUUUUGAAUUAAUUAAUGUUAAAGCUCAACCUCAUAGACGGAGUUCAAGAGUAUAGACACUUCGCUCUUUCAUUAAAACGGGGAUAGGUUAACUAACCUGAACGGUUGAAGGCAGUUGAACUUUCAAAUUACUUCAAUUUUGGGUCGAUCCGAUUAAGCAGCAAGUCGCUCAAAAUUAUAAUAUACGCUUUCAAGUUAGAAAGGGCACGUUUUCUGAACCCCACCACAUGUAUUAUACAUUUAAGAGUAUAAUUACCUUUUUUGUUGACAAACCAAAAUACAUGGCCAAUAAAUAUUUUGUAUUUUUAGUAUACUCUGUUUGGACUACAGUACACAACAUGUCUCGUAUUGUGAUCUUUUUCGUGAUGGUUUUGAUACGCACUUCAUCUGCCCGCCCAGGCUGGUCACAGAGCAAAGAAGGAGAAGUAGAAGAACCGGUACCGCCGCCUAGUGAUGAUGUAAGUUGGGAUUUGACAACUAGGGCCGGUUGUUCAAAAGACAGUAGGGUUAAUCCUGGAUUAACAAAAUCACUUCAAAGCAAUCUUCUCAACAACUUGUUUAUAUAAACUUGGAAAAUUUUCCCCCAAAUUUUGACUGGAUCAACGAAAGUUAUAUUUCCUGAAGUUUUGAAAUAAACAGACAUACAAAAAUACACACAGCAAAAUAGCAGGUUAAAUUUUAACACAGGGUUAGCGCUAACCAAGCUUUGAACAACCGGCCCCAUCAUCUCAGAAUUACACUGCAUACCCAAAUAGUUCACUGGCGCACAAAAUGAAGCUAGUUAUGACGAAGGGAUUAUAUAUGUUUAAUCUUAGCAUGCCAGCUUCAAGAAAAAAUUUAAAUGAAUUUAAUUUUGUUGUGUCUGAUCUAUUUUGAAGCAAUAUAAAAAAUCCCACAAUAUCAGUAUCAACAACUAUUUCUGGAUUUCAGGUUCUAUAGUGUUGUUUUGUCAAACAAGUCGAGUCUAAGAAAUCUGUUAAUUAUAGCCAUAGGAUAAGAUGUCAACGACAACGAUUAGAUUUUAUUAGUAUCCAUUCCUUUGUUGGGCGCCAUAUUGAAUUUUGUGGCCGCGUCGGUAAAGGCUUGGUGACUAGGUGCUUUGAUGAAUCUGAAAUAGCCCUGACCUAUUUGUUUACCUCAUUGAAAUGAAUAGAACUGGAACGCUAUUUCCAUGCUGAGAAAUGUGAAGGCACACUUGGAAUUGAGUCCAAGUCAUUUCACUUUAUUUCUCGGACUAAUACAUGCACAUUGCACAUUAUUUCUUUAGUGUCGGCCACUUGGUACUUUUUGCAAACGGGAGACAUCGGAUGGUGUAGUCCGUGAAAAAAGGUGCUGUUCGGGAUCAUGUGUGUAUCAUAACAGUCAUUACGGGACCAAAUUUUACAAGUGCGAGAGCAAUCAGACAUCCAAGUAAACUCUGGAACAUUAUCUUUUAAUUUAAUACUACGAUUUACUGAUUCCGUCGCAUUGGCGGCAUGCAAUGUUAAAAUACAUCUUAGCCACUAACUGGCUUCGUAAUUAAUUCAUGUACAAACCGUUAAAAUUAUCAUGUAGAAUU